AUGGCCAAAAUGGCCAAGCGCAAGAGGGAGGAUGAGCCGCUAUCAAUGCGACAGCUCCAAAAGUUCCAGGAUGAACUCGCCCGCGCCCUCAAGGCGGCCAAAGGCCAUGAACGCCAGCGCAUGGCCAAGAAGCAGCGCACGAUUGGCGGCGACCCGGAGCAGAAACAGAAGCUCGAACGAGAAAUCAACGUGCUCAAGUCAUUAGACCUGCACCAGACCGCGCGCGCGCACCUCUACACGUCGCUACUAAGGAUCAAGCGAGUCGCGAACCACCAGGAUCUGCCCGAGCUGAUCAAGCGUGGCGUCGCGAAGCCCGACCUACCCGAGGACGAGCGGGCGGUGCUGCACAAGGUCACGAGCGGUCUGUACAACCACGGAGGCGUGAAGAAGGUCGUCGAUGAGGCCGUGGCGUCCGUCUGCGGGGCGCUCGGAAUACCGGCCCCGGAAAAGGGCGGCAAGGGCAAGCGGAAGGACGCAGAGGAGCCCACGCCGCCCGCGGAUCUGGAUAGGAGCAGGGCCGGCGCUGACGACGACGACGGCGAAGAGACCGACUUCGAGGGCUUCAGUGCCGACAGCGACGACGACGAGAAUACACAGGCGGUAGAGGACCUCGAUAGUGAGGAGGAAGUUGCUCGAGAAAACGACUUUGACGCCAUGGACGGCUUGCUGGGCAGUUCCUCCGACUCUGACGAAGACGAGGACGAGGAGCGUGCCCGUCUAUGGGAAAAGUACCGCGGCAAGGAAGCAGUCAAUCUCGACGACAUUUCCGUCUCGGGCGGCGACUCGGACCUCGAAGAUGCAGAAGACGAUGGCGACGACAGCAGCGACGACGACGGGGAACCACCUGCCAAAACAACCACGAGAGGCCGGAAACUGACUUCCCGCGGCAUCUCCCUGUCACCUUCACCCUCACCCCCACCACCGCGGAAGCGCUCCAAGAAGGCGGACCGCGCCGCCGCCCGUCCCACCAACUCAACCUUUCUGCCGUCGCUGAUGGGCGGCUACGUGUCCGGCUCCGAGUCGGCCUCCGACGUCGACGUCGCGCCGCCCAAGAAGCGCCGCGGCCAGAUGGCGCGGCGCGCCAUCUGGGAGCAAAAGUAUGGCAGCAAGGCCAAGCAUAUCCAGGACGGCGCCGGCGGUAAGGGGCGGGGCAAGGGCCGCGACGACGGGUGGGACAUGAAGCGCGGUGCCGUAGAUGGUGCUGAUGGUGGUAGAACGCCGUGGAAAAAGGGCGUCAAGAACCCGUUCUCGUCGGGUGGUGGUGGUGAUAACGAUGGGGGGCGGGAAUCGAGACGACCGCAGCAGCCGCCGACGAAGCGUGACGAUGAGGGAACGUUGCACCCGAGCUGGGAGGCGAGGAAAAAAGCAAAGGAAUCGCAAAAGGCGGUUGCCUUUGCGGGAUCAAAAGUUGUUUUCGAUUAG